GGCGCCCGCAGGCACCGCCCAACGGCCGCACAGGACGCCCGGCCGCUGCGGAGCGGAGAAGAGCCAGCAUGUUCCGCUCGGUGGUGCUGCUCGCGGGCCUCGGUGCUCUGCUGCGGGCAAGUCCCGAUUUUCAAAAUUCGUCUCUACAGAUUGUAGUUCCAGAGAAAAUCCAAGAAAAUACAAGUAAUAAUUCAGAAGUAGAAAACAAACAGAUAUCUUAUAUUAUUCCAAUAAAUGAGAAGCCAUAUACUGUUCACCUUAAGCAAAGAUUUUUUUUAGCAGAGAAUUUUAUGGUUUAUUUGUAUAAACAAGGAUCUGUGAAUUCUCAUUCUUCAAAUAUUCAGACUCAGUGCUACUAUGAAGGAUAUGUUGAAGGAUAUCCAAAUUCCAUUGUUAUACUCAGCACGUGCUCUGGACUGCGAGGAUUGCUGCAACUUGAAAAUGUUUCUUAUGGAAUUGAACCUCUGGAAGUUGAAGUUGAAUUUCAGCAUCUUCUUUAUAAAUUAAAAAAUGAAAACAAUGUGUUUGUAGUUCAUGCUGAAAAUAGCCGUGGCCUAGAACAAAAACCAAUGGACUACAGCAUUUCCAUAAGUGAAAAAUCAGAAUCAGCUGUUCAAGAUUUAAUUCCUCUUUAUCUAGAAAUGCAUAUUGUGGUGGACAAAGUUUUGUAUGAUUAUUUGGGCUCUGAUAGCAUGUUAGCAACAGAUAAAGUAAUCGAAAUUAUUGGCCUUGUAAAUUCGGUAUUUGCCCAACUUAAUGUUACUAUUGUGUUGUCAUCAUUGGAGUUGUGGUCAGACAAAAAUAAGAUUUCUACAGUUGGUGAGGCAGAUGAAUUAUUGCAGAGAUUUUUAGAAUGGAAAAAAUCUUAUCUUACCCUAAGGCCUCAUGAUAUUGCAUAUCUAUUCAUGUAUAGAGAUUAUCCAAAUGAUGUGGGAGCAACAUUUCCUGGAAAGAUGUGUACUGCUCAAUAUUCUGCAGGGAUUGCUUUGUAUUCCGAGGAGAUAACUUUGGAGGCAUUUUCAGUAAUUGUUACCCAGAUGGUGGGACUCAGUCUGGGCAUAUCAUAUGAUGACCCAAAGAAGUGCCAGUGUUCAGGAGCCAUUUGUGUAAUGAAUGCAGAGGCUGUGCAGUCCAGUGGUGUGAAGACUUUUAGCAAUUGCAGUUUGAGUGACUUUAAAAGUUUCAUUUUAAAUAUGGGUGCCAAAUGUCUUCAGAAUAAGCCACAAAUGCAAGUGCGUCAAAAAGCAGUCUGUGGCAACGGCAAAGUGGAGACCCCUGAAGUUUGUGACUGUGGUACUGAGGAUCAAUGUGGAAAAGAUAGCUGUUGUGAUCCUAAACUUUGUGUGCUGAAAGCAGGAUCAGCUUGUGAUACAGGAUUAUGCUGCAGUAACUGUCAAAUUCAACAAGCAGGUUCACCGUGUAGGCCCAGUGUGCAUCCUGAGUGUGAUCUUCCUGAACUUUGUAAUGGAUCCUCAUCAGCCUGUCCCACUGAUGUCAUGAUAAUCAAUGGGCAUUCAUGUAAAAAUAAAUAUAUUUGUUAUAAUGGAGAUUGCCAUGGUAAUUAUGAUGUGUCUUGUGAAGGAAGAUAAGGGAAAGGUUCAAAAAAUGCUCCAUUUGCCUGCUAUGAAGAAAUACAAUCUCAACUUGAUAGGUUUGGGAACUGCGGUAAGGAAAGAGGCCAAUAUAAAUUCUGCCAAUGGAGGAAUCUUAUAUGUGGAAGAUUAAUUUGUACCUACCCUACUCUAACUCCUUACAUUCAAAGAAAUGUUGCUGUGCUUUAUGCUUAUGUACGAAAUGUUAUAUGUAUAACUUUAGACUACAGUCUUCAUGGCUCAAAUGUAGAUCCACUGGUGGUCAAUGAUGGCUCUGAAUGUGAUUCUGAGAGAGUUUGUAUAAAUCGUCAAUGUGUAGAAUCAAGGUUUCUUAAGAAGGAUUCCCUUAAUUGUUCAGCAAAGUGCAGUGGACAUGGAGUGUGCACGUCUGAGUUGAAAUGCCAUUGUGACAGUGGCUGGACCGGCCAAGAUUGCAAUACGCAGUCCAGACAAGCUGACAGAGAAAUAACAGAUCAGAAGGCAGUGUUCACACAUAUAGCACCGGAUCCAGAUCAGAAAGCAGCAGGCAAACAGAUAUUGCCAACUCUGAAUCACAGGAAAACACCCAAACCUAAAACACUAGUAACUAGUGAUUUCUUCAGAAGCCAAUGGAUGAUAUUGAAUGUCUCACUGAGAAAUAGAAAUUCUACCUCCCCUCUCCUAGUCACAGCUGAAGGAAACAAUAAACUAAGUGUGGACCAAUUUUCCUGCCUGUCUGUUUUUCUCUCUUCUGUCAUUUCAGGGCCCUUAACUGAAGAUAGUUAUCUCAACCAGGCAUUCCCAUCGACACCCAGCAACCGGAGCUCUUCUCCGCAGCUCUCCCACCACCCACUGGGUUUACUGCCUGAGGCCCCAGAUGCUGGGGAUUGGCACCAACUGCUCUUAUCCAGGAAGGGCUCUGGGUGGUGGGCUGUGUUCCUCCUCCUGGUCCUUCUCAUUGGAUUUGGCUGGCAGCAGGCAGGUCUCAGUAAAUCCAGAUAUUUGCCCAUCUCACCCGUCUCACACCCCAAACCAGGCUUCUGA